CAGAGUGAGCACAGGGAGGGAGCCAAGCGGGCUGCUAAAUGCUCCGGCUUCAGAGGGACGAUGGUGGAGGGCUGGUAAAGAUGGCGGCUCUCUCCGAGGAUGGGAGGUACGGAUUGAAUUGUGGCCAACAGGGCGUCGAGAGAGUCUCCGUACUGCACGUCAAGUUGACCGAAACGGCGCUGAGAGCCAUAGAAAACUACCAAAGUAGUACGAAUAUACCAUCGUUACGGCCAACGGUACAAUUCAAGGGACUCCAAGGGCACAUUAAAAUUCCCAAGACCGACUCCUCUGACACGUUCCACAAUUUUGAUUUCUAUCUGUCUAAUGUGGGAAAGGACAACCCUCAGGGAAGCUUUGAGUGCAUCCACCAGUAUGUGUCCAGCUCAGGGGCCUCACACCUGGCAUUGUUGGCGACCGUUCAGGACAAGGUCACAGUGUGCGCCACCAGUGACUCUUACCAGGUGACACGGGAACGUAUGACCCAGGCCGCGGAGGACACACGUGAACGGGGGACCAAAGUCAUUAAGCCCGGGGGGCAGUAUCGAGGAAAGCAGGUUCACACUCGUAAGCCAGCGUUAUCAGCCCUAGAUGUAGUCCCAGAGCGCAAACGCUCCACCCCUAUAAACCCAGCCAACACUAUACGCAAGUGCCUUUCCAACAACCCUGUAUCCCAGAAGCCCCUGCGGGACCGCAUCAUUCACCUGCUGGCGCUGAAGUCGUACAAGAAGCUGGAAGUGCUCGGCCGUUUACAGCGGGACGGAAUUAACCAGAAGGACCGGAACUCACUGGGGACCACAUUGCAACAAGUGGCAAACCUGAAUCCCAAAGACAACACAUACUCGUUGAAGGAGUUUAUAUACCGCGAUGUUCAGCGAGACUGGCCCGGAUAUUCUGAGGAUGAGAAGAUCCAAGUUGACCGGAUGCUAGCUCGUAAAUUAGGUCUUCCUACUGAGAAAGUCUCCUCAAACAAUUCACCUAAAGACGGUUUCCCUUCAUCCCCACAGAAGCGCCAGCCUGACUUUGACUUCAUCGAUCCUUUGGCUCCCAAGAAAGCCCGCAUCUCUCACCUCAGCAGUCGAGGGCCAGCAGCCUCUUCCUCUGACCGCCGUGAGGACGAGAGCAGCCCCACCUCCAAACACUCGUCCCUGCCCCCCAACGUAACCUCAGGGCCUCCCAGCCAUCUCCCCGUUUCGUCCCACCCGCCAGCACCUUCACAUCAGCAUCUCAGCCCAGCCUCCAACUCCAACUCCCCCAGCACCCCAGAAGGCUGCGGCACUCAGGACCUGCCCAUGGACCAGAGUUCCUCCUGCAGAGACCCCUCACCCAGCCCCCUUCCUCGCUCCUUGCAGGACCGCUGUAAGCACCCUGUCCCCAGAGCAGCCGCCUCUCCCAGCCCGCCCCCCCGCACCUCUCUCACAGUUACCUCCACUGUCAUCACCAGCUCCCCUUUGCCUAGCAGUACAAGUAAGAAAUUCAAGAAGAAAUCCAAGAAGCACAAAGACAAAGAUCGUGAGAGGAACAAAGGGAAACAACCAGAAAGAGCCUGUAGUAGUCCUCCUGUGGCGGAAGAACAGGCUGAGGAGAGUAGCACAGUGAAGAAGAGGAACGAUGCUGACGAAGUCAUCGAGGAAGCUGUGGAGAAACCUUACAAAGAACAAGUUGAAGAGACAUUGGUCCUGUCCUCUGAAUCUUCUUCCAAAGUUGAGACGCCUGAUUAUGUAGUGAAGUACACAGCCCUGGUGUCUCUUGACCAGAGGCAGAGCUACAAAGACGACUUCAACGCAGAAUAUGACGAGUAUCGUCAGCUGCAUGCCCGUGUGGAGGGCAUCACCAGGCGCUUCACUCAGCUGGAUGCUCAGUGUCGGAAGCUGGUACCUGGCACUAAGGAGCACCAGAAAAUACAAAUCGAGGUCUUGAAAGAGUACAAAAAAAUGAAACAACACAACCCCAACUACCAUGAAGAGAAACAGCGCUGUGAAUACCUGCACAACAAACUGGCCCAUAUCAAACGACUUAUCGCUGAUUUUGACCAGCGCAGAGCCCAGGCCUGGUGCUGAGAGCCUUGCUCGGAUCAUCUUCACUGAUCAGUAUUGUGAACAGAGUGUCAAACCAAGGGUGGGGGGUUGGGGUGACCAACCUGCCCUUAUUUAUUUAAAGCUUCUUUAUGUCUUGCCCCUAUAUCCUUUCUUUUCCUACUACUAUUAUCCUUCAUUCCCUCCCUCUUUUUUCUUUGAUUCCACAGGCUAAUUUAUUGCCUGCAAAAUGAAAACCAUUUUCCCAAUUGGCUUCUGUGGAAUAGAUGCCUCUUGAUCAGGAGAAAAGAGCUGCCUGCUCGUGCAUCAAAAUGUGUGAAACAGUUCAGCUGUAACUGGUGAAGGACUCUCUUUAGACAGCAUUUUUGAGCACCAGAGAGAAAAUAUUAACUUGUAGUUAAGUAAAAAAAAAAAGAGGGAGAUCUAUUUAUUUUGAGACUCGUAUUGAAAGCAAGAGUUAGCGGAGGAGAUAUUAUUUCAUUUUUCUUGAGCAAUGCAAAAAAAGGAAGAAAAAAAAAACAAUGUAUACCACAAGCCUUAUGUGUUUUGUGAAGCCAUUUUUGCACGCGAGAGCCACGCUUCUCAUUCAGCAGAGACUUCUCUGCUGCCUCAUUUCCGCUCUAUUCAAAGAAAACUGUACUGGAAAACCUGCUGCCGAAGCCAAGAGAAAAGGGAAGGAAAUGAGCCAGUGGGGAGGAAUCACAUGAGCUGUGUGAGAAGCAGCAGAAAGUUUGCAUGGGUGGUAAAUAAUUAGUUGUAAAGAUAAAGAAAAAAAAAAAAAAAAGAGGUGGAAACCAAAGGAUUUUUGAUCUUUUAACACCUCUGGUUGGGAAGGGAGAGGGCAGUAUUCUUUGCACCAAAUAAAGUUCACAAUGCCUUACGGCGUUUACAUUUGGAAACGUGGAGUCGGGUCCACAGGCUAUGCAAGGAACUACAACUGUCUGAGAAUGAUUGUGUGUCUGUGUGAGAGAGAGUGAAUGUAUGGUGGUGGGUCCUGGGGGAAUAUGGUAAUGGUGCGCAUAGGGUUGUGAAUGAUGUGGAGGAAAAGUUAGAAACAUGGAGAAAAAAAAAAGCAAAAAAAAAAAAAAGCUGCUAUAGUCUUUUUUCC